ACUGAAAACUUAAAUCAACAAAUAGCAACAGAACUACUCCUUGUACAAAAUCCACCUGGAUGCCAGAAGGACAGAGGAAAGGAUGAGCUAUUACGGCAGCAGCUACCCGAGUGUAAACAUGGACCCCAAAUACCCAGGCUACCCCCAAGAGCACAUCCUAGCUGAGAAGAGAAGAGCCAGAAGACGUCUGCUCCACAAAGAUGGUAGCUGCAACGUGUACUUCAAGCACAUUUUUGGAGAAUGGGGGAGCUAUGUGGUUGACAUUUUCACUACUCUUGUAGACACCAAGUGGCGCCAUAUGUUUGUCAUAUUUUCUUUAUCUUAUAUUCUCUCCUGGUUGAUAUUUGGCUCCAUCUUUUGGCUAAUUGCCUUUCAUCAUGGUGAUCUGUUAAAUGAUCCGGACAUCACGCCUUGUGUUGACAAUGUCCAUUCCUUUACAGGGGCGUUUUUAUUCUCCCUUGAGACUCAGACCACCAUAGGUUACGGGUACCGCUGUGUCACCGAAGAAUGCUCGGUGGCAGUGCUCAUGGUGAUCCUUCAAUCCAUCCUGAGCUGCAUCAUAAACACCUUCAUCAUAGGAGCCGCCUUGGCCAAAAUGGCGACCGCUCGAAAGAGAGCCCAAACCAUUCGGUUUAGCUAUUUUGCCCUCAUAGGCAUGAGGGAUGGGAAGCUUUGCCUCAUGUGGCGCAUUGGUGAUUUCCGGCCAAACCAUGUGGUAGAAGGCACAGUGAGAGCCCAACUUCUCCGCUACACAGAAGACAGCGAAGGGCGAAUGACCAUGGCAUUCAAAGACCUAAAGUUGGUCAAUGACCAGAUCAUCCUUGUCACACCGGUAACUAUUGUUCAUGAAAUUGACCACGAGAGCCCUCUGUAUGCCCUUGACCGAAAAGCAGUGGCCAAAGAUAACUUUGAGAUUUUGGUGACAUUUAUCUACACUGGUGAUUCCACGGGCACUUCCCACCAAUCCAGAAGUUCCUACGUCCCCCGAGAAAUUCUCUGGGGCCAUAGGUUUAAUGACGUCCUGGAAGUUAAGAGAAAGUACUACAAAGUGAACUGCUUACAGUUUGAGGGGAGUGUUGAGGUAUACGCUCCCUUUUGCAGCGCCAAACAGCUAGACUGGAAAGACCAGCAGCUCCACAACACGGACAAAGGCCCCCCGGUCCGAGGAUCUGGUGCGUCGGACGCCACGGUCAGAAGAAGGUCGUUUAGUGCCAUCGCCGUUGUCAGCAGUUGUGAGAACCCAGAAGAGACCGUCACCUCCGCCGUGCAUGAGUGUAAGGAAGCACCUUAUCAGAAAGCUGUCGUGACGUUAAAUAGAAUCUCUGUAGAAUCCCAAAUGUAGUUCAAAUUGUGAUGACCAGGGCCGCCACGCCAUCAUUUUACUCUGUAGCCCGUCACGUUAGGCCAGUAGUUAUAAGCAGGGCUUUUAAGGAACGGUGUAGCUACGUUUGACGGACUUGGGGGAAAAGAAGAGCGGGUUAAAUCCGGUGAAAGAUCAUCUAAAAAUUACAUAGUAUCCAAUCGUUUAAACUUUUUGUGUGUGUGUGUUAGCAAAUUUGAUAUUAGGGAUGCUAUUCAGAGCCUAAUGGAUUAAUUUAAAUUUCACCUCCUUUUCUUAUAUCACACACUUGCAUCUUUAGUUGCAGGUGUCCUAUUUGGUAAAGGAGAACAAAGGUAGGAUACUGGCAUAAGGAAGACAGACAGCCAGCAUGAAUAACUAAUUUUUAAAUGUAUCAACAUGGAUAGUAGUUUCCUGGAAAAAACGUCACGUCUUUCUAACCAAGAUAGGCAAGAUAUGCAUCCAGUAGAUUGUAACAUUGAGAUAUUUAACUGAAAUCACCUGGCAGGCUCGGUGUUUGCCCCUCAUAGUGUCUUGGUAUCCACAGAAAGAGGUAGUGACUGUGAGAUAGAGACACCUGCCACUUGGGCAGGUUAAUGAUUGAAGAGCGCUAGAAGCUGUUUUUGUUUCUUCUGAUUCAUAUGGCAGAAAAAAAAAGUUGACAUUAUUCAGAACAGUAUUUCUCUCUCAAACACCCUGAGUGACGGCAACAAAUGCCUUUAUAUGGAAGAGCAGAAAUAAGGCAAUGGUGACAUUUCUAGCUUCUCGAGCAAGGGAGCUUCCUCUGCCCAACCCCAUCUUCUCCAAAGACAAUACGAAGAUAGGAUCACAGAGGUGGGAUGAGGGAAGGGAUGGCAGUGGGAAACAUUUCUCAGACAACUGUGCUGUGUUCUGAAAGACUGUAGCUGCUUUUGCUUGCUACGUAAGGGAUGGAACCAUUAUUUUGGGGGGGGCAGGGGGAGACAUAGGGGCACAGCAAGGGGAAAGAAAUUUAUUUGUGCCCAGAAGCAGUUAAGUAUGUCUUCUGUCUUGGUCACUCUAUAAGACAUAAAUGACUUGAAUUCUAGAUUUUCAACAACUCUCCCAUUGAACUUGGAAUGAUCAUUUAAAUGGAAGAUUUUGUGAAAUAUAAUGAAGGUGAUUUUUGUGCACAUUAUUAAACAGAUAAGCUAGGUGUUAUGGAAUUGCUUAAAUUGGGGGAAGUAAAUUUGUAUGCUCUAUUUCUGUGUCAAAAGAUGUUAAUCAUGAUUACUUUAAGCCCAAUUCCCUAUGAGUAAAGUCACUUUCAGCUUUAUAAAUUGAACAGUUGUUAACUUCAUUCAGAAUUAAUGUGUUUCUUUACUCGCUUUC